GGCCUCCCGUGAAGCCCCGCGCGCGGAAGGACCGGAACUCCGGGCGGGUGGCUUGUUGAUAACAUGGCGGCAGCAGCUGCCCGGGCAUCCCGAGGAGGCGGCAGCGCCCACACCCGGAAGAAGGGACUGUUUUCGGGCUAGUGCGGCGGCUUCUGCGGACCCGGAAGUCCCAGCCAGCUGCUGAAUGAGGGGAGCCGGGUCCUCCCCGCGACAGUCCCCCCGCGCCCUCCGCCCCGACCCGGGCCCCGCCAUGUCCUUCUUCCGGCGGAAAGUGAAAGGCAAAGAGCAAGAGAAGACCUCAGAUGUCAAGUCCAUCAAAGCUUCAGUCGCUGUACAUUCCCCACAGAAAAGCACUAAAAAUCAUGCCUUGCUGGAGGCUGCAGGACCAAGUCAUGUUGCAAUCAAUGCCAUUUCUGCCAACAUGGACUCCUUUUCAAGUAGCAGAACAGCAACGCUUAAGAAGCAGCCAAGCCACAUGGAGGCUGCUCAUUUUGGGGACCUAGGCAGAUCCUGUCUGGACUAUCAAACUCAAGAGACCAAAUCCAGUCUUUCAAAGACCCUUGAACAAGUCUUGGGUGACACUGUUGUCCUCCCUUAUUUCCUUCAGUUUAUGGAACUUCGGAGAAUGGAGCACUUGGUGAAAUUUUGGUUAGAGGCUGAAAGUUUUCACUCUACAACUUGGUCUCGAAUCAGAGCACACAGUCUGAACACAGUGAAACAGAGUUCACUGGCUGAGCCUGUCUCUCCAUCUAAAAAGCAGGAAACUACAGUGUCUUUUGUAACUGAGUCUCUUGACAGGAGGUUGGAGGAUUCUAGCUCAGCCCCACUGCUUAUGACUCAACCAGAAGGAAUCGACCUGAGUAGUAGAACUCAGAACACCCAGAAUCACUUGCUGCUUUCCCAAGAAUGUCACAGUGCCCAUUCUCUCCAUCUUGAACCGGCCAGAACAGGAACUCAUCCAAUCUCCACUGACGCCCGAGAAUCCUCUUCCAGACUUACAGUAGCCAGUAGUAAUAUUCCCUCUUCUCCACUGAGAGACCUAUCAGGAAAACUAAUGAAAAGUAUAGAACAAGAUGCAGUGAAUACUUUUACCAAAUACAUAUCUCCAGAUGCUGCUAAACCAAUACCAAUUACAGAAGCCAUGAGAAAUGACAUCAUAGCAAAGAUUUGUGGAGAAGAUGGCCAGGUGGAUCCCAACUGUUUCGUUCUGGCACAGGCUGUAGUCUUUAGUGCAAUGGAGCAAGAGCACUUUAGUGAGUUUCUGCGAAGCCAUCAUUUCUGUAAAUACCAGAUUGAAGUACUCACCAGUGGGACUGUUUACCUGGCUGACAUCCUCUUCUGUGAGUCAGCCCUCUUUUAUUUCUCUGAGUAUAUGGAAAAAGAAGAUGCAGUGAAUAUCUUACAAUUCUGGUUAGCAGCGGAUAACUUCCAGUCUCAGCUUGCUGCCAAAAAGGGCCAGUAUGAUGGACAGGAGGCACAGAAUGAUGCCAUGAUUUUAUAUGACAAGUACUUUUCUCUCCAAGCCACACACCCCCUUGGAUUUGAUGAUGUUGUACGAUUAGAAAUUGAAUCCAAUAUCUGCAGGGAAGGUGGGCCACUUCCUAACUGUUUCACAACUCCAUUACGUCAGGCCUGGACAACCAUGGAGAAGGUCUUUUUGCCUGGUUUUCUGUCCAGCAAUCUUUAUUACAAAUAUUUGAACGACCUCAUCCAUUCAGUUCGAGGAGAUGAAUUUCUUGGAGGAAAUGUUGCACUGGCUGCUCAUGGUUCUGUGUGCCUUCCAGAAGAGUCUCACUCAGGUGGUUCCGAUGGCUCCACUGCUCAGUCUAGUAUGAAAAAAACCAGUAUUAAAAUUCUGAAAAAUUUUGAUGAAGCAAUAAUUGUGGAUGCUGCAAGUCUGGAUCCAGAAUCUUUAUAUCAACGGACAUAUGCAGGGAAGAUGUCCUUUGGAAGAGUCAGUGACUUGGGGCAGUUCAUCCGAGAAUCUGAGCCUGAACCUGAUGUAAAGAAAUCGAAAGGGUUCAUGUUCUCACAAGCUAUGAAGAAGUGGGUGCAAGGAAAUACUGAUGAGGCCCAAGAGGAACUAGCUUGGAAGAUUGCUAAAAUGAUAGUGAGUGAUGUUAUGCAGCAGGCACACUAUGAUCAACCAUUAGAGAAAUCUACAAAGCUGUGACUCAAAACCAGAGAUAAGGAAAUACGAUUUUGAAAAAUAAGAACUUUCCCCUUUGGUUGGAUUCGUCAACACAGCCUAUGAAAAUGGAGCACUGCAUUUCUUUCCACUACUAGAGCAUUGUUGUUUCCAAGAAAGAAUGCGAGACAGUCCAAGAUCUGUUGUUAAAUGUAGACAUAGAUGCACAUGAUGUAACACAGUGAGUCACAAGAUACAGAGUGGUAUUGGUGACAUCACUAGACAAUUAGUUUUCCAGUAGCUGUAACCCACUAUGAGAGAGUUACCCACUGGAAUAGACAGGGACCACAUCCUGUGUGAGGUUGGUGUGUGGUCCACCUGCUUGUAGCAGGCUCCAUCCCUAACAGUAUCAGAAAGCACGAGACAGAGGUGCUUGUUUUUUUUCCUAAAAUUCACAGGUGAGUCAGACCUACCAGGAACAUUCAGCUCCAAAUGGCAGUGUGAGCCAGCAGCUUGUGGAGCAGGUGACUAUCCCUUGUGUAGUCUUCCUUCACAGAGGCAUUAAUUUAGAAAGAAGCCUACAAGUCAUUGGUCAAGCCUCAGUGAUGUCAUCCUUCUCUUGGGUGACAACACAAUUUUCACAUUUCACUCACUCCUGUGAUGUUAUAUCUUUAAAGCUAGUGUCUCCUCUACUAGCAAAAGGGCAAAUUUAGUUUACUUUGAGCAUCAAGACCCAUUCCUCCAUAGGAAUGCCAUGCUCCAGAUUCUUUAUUCCCUCUUCAAAAUACACAUGGGGAAAAAAAUAAAUAAAUAUCACUCCAUUUUUCCCAUGUGGUACUUGGAACACAUUCUCAGAUUUUAUUUUUUUAAUAAGGUGGGGAAAGACACACUCGCUUUUGAGUGUCUCCCCAGUCUUCACUGUGAGUGGGAAGUGUGCAGUUGCCUUUCCCCUUUCCGUCUUCAGACAGUAGGAAACUCACACUCUGCCCUUCUGCUUAGUUGGCUGUGCACCUGUGGCACGGCAUGGGCGGGGCCACCUAGUUGGCAAGCACACUCCCCCGGCCAUGAGGUGCCAGUGCUUCCUGUGUGUGACAGUUUAGAGAGAAAGGAAGUUUUCUUAGGUGUUACUGCUUUUGCUCAGAGUUUGCAAAAGAAUAUAUAUAUAUGUGUGUGUAUGUAUAUAUAAUUAUUAAUCACCUCUGUCUUUGGGAAAGUCUUGAAUGAAUAGAGAAUUUAUUUCAUGCAAUAUUGAUUGUAUAGAGGCACACUGUUUAUCAACAGAAGCAAAAAGGCUGUGUAUAAGUUUUUGGUACUAUGUACCACCUCUGUUAUUCUGAAGUAUUCAUGUAAACCAUAUUCUAUUUAAUUGUGUUUGAUUUUAAAUAUAUAUAUGAAUUAUAUUUAAAAUGGUGUCAACUUCCUGCUUUCAGGCAUUUAUGGCUCUUCUAUUGAAAUAUAUUGACCCUUCUUAAUAUUUUCAUUUGCUUUACAAAACCCCAGAAUAUGAUCCACUACUGGACAUAGUCUCGUCUUUGGACAUAGGCAUAGGUGAGAGGUUUUUAUCGAUAUAUGUGCUGUGGUGGCUCAGUUUGUCCUUUUAACAAAGUAUUUCUAUCCAUUUCAUAUUGCUUCAAACUUUGAAGUGAAAAGCAAUAUAAAGGUUGUAGAGUAAAAUGUGAUGCUGGGUGA